AUGCUCGAGACAUUCAAGUCCGCCGGGCGUGUUCCCCCCGCGUCAAAGACAGCCGAUCCUGAUGCCCUUCGCGGACCGCAACGCAUCGUGCUGCUCUGCGAUGGGACCUGGCAGACACGACGGCUCGUCCAAACGGUCAACGAAGGCGGCGCACCCACGUCCUCGUCGGACAAAUACUACACCAAUGUCGCACUCCUCUCGCAAGCCAUUGCCUCGUCCUCGUCGGCUAGGCGUCCAGAUGGAACGGUCAUGCCCCAAAUUGUAGCGUACCAAAGCGGCAUCGGGGCCAGCGUCGACCUCGUCUCGAUGCUCGUCCAGGGUGCCACUGGUCUGACGCUUGGCCAGAAGGUAUCGGAAGCCUACGGCUUCCUCGUCGACAACUACCAGCCCGGUGACGAGGUUCUCCUGUUUGGCUUCAGCCGAGGCGCAUACACCGCCCGCACCAUUGCGGGCUUCAUCAACUUUGCCGGCAUCCUGGGGAAGAGGACGUUUGCGAAUGGAUUCAUGGACAUUUGGAAGGCGUACAUGGCCAGGGACCCGAGUGACGCAAAGACGGAAGACUACGCUGAGCGCGUCUUUUAUGAAAAGACGGGACUGUGGCCGAGCGGCAACGCGAUGCGGACCGCUCGCGGGAAUGAAGAGGCAGCCGUCGAGAUGAUGGGUAAAGACCCAGCCGAGGAAGAGAAGGAGCAGGACAAGGAAGUGGACGAAAAGAGAAAGUUCCCGCGGGUCUACCCGCCUCAGAUCAAGGUCGUUGGCGUCUGGGACACUGUCGGCGCUCUGGGUAUCCCUGGUCAUUUUCUCUCGCCGAGUCUCUCACGUUUCUUCUCCUUCUUCGAUCCUGUCCUUGCUCCAAAUGUGUCGUACGCCUUCCAAGCCUUGGCGCUGUGCGAAGAUCGCAAGGACUUUGCCCCCACGCUCUUCUUUCAGCCCCCUCCCGGCGCAGAGGUCCCCAGCGACGAAGCAAGACGAAAGGGCCAGAUGCUCAAGCAGGUCUGGUUCCAGGGCUCGCACAGCGAUGUCGGUGGUGGACACGCAUGGCACGGCCUGUCCGACAUUACUCUCGCAUGGAUGGUGUCACAGCUGGUGGACCAGCCGGGAGGGCCUCUGCUCGACAUCAACCUUGACGCCCUCGUGCAGCUCCAAGACCGACGUCGAGCCUGGGCUCGCCAGCCAGAACACCCGUCGCGCGUCUGCAUCGAGUUUCAAGAGACGAGGCAGGUCGGACAAUGGGCGCUGUUGGCCCAGAACAAGGACAAGAAUCCUACGACGGUGACGGGCAAGAAGCUGCCAGUCUUGCCGUGGUGGUGGACAAACGUAGUCAAGUCGAGCGGAACGACAAACGAAGAGAUCCACUACUCUGUCCACAUUGGACAGCGAUACACAAAGCAAGACUCGCCACAGCUCGACGACCUUCGCAAGGCCGCCAUCAAUGCAAAGGAUGGGCAGCCCUCGCAGCUCGACGUCAUUUGGGAGCACAAUCGCUUGCCGGCGUCGCUUGGCCCGACGGAGCUCCGUCUACGCUGGAAAGACGGUGAUCCGAAAUCGCCAGUUGACUCGCAGUACCUCGGCGCAGAUGAUCCUGAGGUUGGGGACCAGGAGCUCGACGAGGACCUCCAGCACACUGGGGAGCAAGAUGACGGUGACGGUGGCGGCGUCGACGACGAAGCGCCCUUACCAAAGCCCAAGGGAUGGUCCGACGCGGCCUGGAACCUGGCGCUGGGCAUCGCAGAAGCGCCUGUCCGUACCAUUGCAUUCGUAGUCAAUUUGGGGCCCACACCGAACCGAAACCUCAAGCCUGGCUUGCUGGUUACGGCCAUUCAGAAGAUUCGAAAGUGGGCCAGUAAGAACAAAAAAGGAAAGAAGAGCAAGAAGGCUGCUCCACCGCCGACGAUGUAAUGACUGAUCUAACCGAGACGACACCUUACGACAUACGACAUCUGGACAUUUUUCGAUUCCCAUCUCUCGCAGGACAACAGGUAGUGACAGGAGUGACUAAUUUUAAUCAUCAUAGAACAAAGACUUGGAUAGUG